AUGAAUAUGAACGGAGAAGAUUACGACUAUAAAGACUACAAUGGUGGAGACGGCCAAACCGGAGGGGGACAAAAACCUCCCGCACCAGCACCACCAGCACCAGUAGCGCCAGUGGUGACAACAACUGUGAACCCAGUUAACCAGAGGUGCCCACAAAAUAGCGGAGUGAAUGACCGGAUAAGAAAUGCUGCACUCGAAGGUCACAACUACAGAAGGUUCAGGCCAAUUUUACUAUGUUCCACAUUUUCAAUAGUUCAUAUUUUGAAUCUGGUUAACAAAGCCACUUCAGUUUCAACCAUUUGUAAUGAUGCGAUUAAGGUCGAGACUUGCUCAAGGACUGGUUACGAACAAGAAGGGCAAAAACCUCCCGAGGGCGCGAAAUAUGCUGAAACUGUUUGUCCUGGGCAGCCUCACCCUGGUGAAAUAGCUGACUGGACUACCCGACUGGAAACUUCUGAACGUGACUCCUCUCCCUACAGUACCGACCACUCUCAGCUGACUCCACCAAUACUUCAUUGCCAUGAAAGAGGUCCGUAUUUUUGUUGUAUCAUAUUGUUAUACUCGGUACGCGAGAUAUUCGUUCAGGCAAUGAAGUAUUGGUGGAGUCAGCUGAGAGUGGUCGGUACUGUUGGGACUGGAGUCACGUUCAGAAGUUCCCAGUCGGGUAGUCCAAUCAGCUAUUUCACCAGGAUGGCCUGGGCAACCACCGCAAAGAUUGGAUGUGCUGUUACACAGAAAAACAAGUGCCCCAAUUCUUAUUACAUUGCGUGCCACUACCAGACUGGGUACUAUUCUUCGUUCUUCCUUAGUCCAUCCUAUAUGAUAUCUCAAAUGAGCAUUUUCAGAGGUAAUGUACCCGAUGCUAAGAUCUACACUCCAGGCAAUGCAUGCUCUCAGUGUCCCGGUGGCUAUCGCUGUGACUCAAACAAGCUCUGCGCUCGCUCUUAG